AUGUCGCACGUUUCUCGACCUUGGUGGAAAGAUGCCACAGUCUACCAAAUCUACCCAGCGUCCUUCAACGACAGCAAUAAUGAUGGCAUUGGAGACAUCCAAGGUAUCAUACAGAAAUUGGAUUACAUUCAGUCAAUCGGCGUCGAGGUUAUCUGGGUCUGUCCUAUGUAUGCCAGUCCGCAGAUUGACAUGGGCUACGACAUUUCCGACUACGAGGCUGUCUAUCCUCCAUAUGGCACAGUUCAAGACAUGGAGAUCUUGAUCAAAGAAACACACCGCCGCAACAUGAAAAUCAUCCUCGAUCUUGUCAUCAACCACACAUCAGACCAACACACGUGGUUCCAAGAAUCGCGAUCUUCCAAAGGCAAUCCAAAGCGUGACUGGUACAUCUGGAGACCAGCUAAAUAUGAUAGCGUUGGCAAUCGCAGACCUCCCACCAACUGGCGUAGUAACUUUGGGGGCUCGGUCUGGGAAUGGGACGAGCACACUCAAGAAUACUUCCUUCACCUCUUCUGCCCAGAGCAACCAGACAUCAACUGGGAGAAUGACGAAGCUCGUCAGACAGUCUAUCAGUCGGCCAUGAUCUCAUGGCUUGACAGGGGUGUUGAUGGUUUCAGGAUCGACACUGUCAACAUGUACAGCAAGCCCAUGGACUUCCCAGACGCUCCCGUCCAAGAUCCCGAUACACCAUGGCAAGAUGCUAGUCUUCUAUACUGCAAUGGACCCAACAUGGACAAGUACCUGGACGAGAUGAAUGCAAUCUUGGUUCGUUACAAUGCCAUGAGUGUGGGAGAAUGCCCGGCAACACCUGACCGAGCCCGUGUACUCGGCUAUGUGAGCGCAGAAGCUGCAAAGAUGAACAUGGUGUUCCAGUUUGACUCGGUUGAUGUUGGGCAAAGCAAACCUUCGAAAUACGACACCGCGCCAUUCAACUAUACGCUGGCCGACGUCAAAGGUGCAAUCUGUCGCACGCAAAGCUUGCUUGAUGGCACGGAUGCGUGGACAACAAGCUUUAUCGAAAACCAUGACCAAGCCCGCAGCAUCUCACGCUUUGGCAAUGACUCGCACCUCUGGCGCUCACGUUCCGGAAAGAUGCUCGCCAUGCUCUUUGCAUCAUUGUCUGGCACGCUGUUUGUGUACCAAGGCCAGGAGAUUGGCAUGAUCAACAUGCCCAAGGAUUGGCCCAUCGAAGAGUACAAGGAUGUCGACAGCAUCAACUUUUAUGCCGAGGCUGUCCGAAGAAAACCUGAUGAUGCAGCGGCACAUGCUUUCGCCAAAGCAGGAAUGCAGCAUUUGUCUCGAGAUCAUGCACGAACUCCAAUGCAAUGGACCUCGCAGUUCAAUGCUGGUUUCACAAGCAAGACUGCUGAGCCUUGGAUGAGGGUCAACACUAGCGCACAAGAGGGUAUCAAUGUCGAAGAAGAACACGAGGAUCCCUCGAGUGUCUUGAACUUCUGGCGACGAAUGCUCAAAGUUCGCAAAACCCAUGCUGAAGUACUCGUACAUGGUAAGUUCCAGCUUGUGGACGAAGACAAUGAGAAGGUUUUCUCCUUUGUCAAGACAUCUCCAGAUGGCAAGAUCAAGGCUCUUGUCGUGUGCAACUUUGCUGAUGCCGAGAACCGAGUGCCUGUGAUCGACGGUGUGGAUACAGCUUCGGCAAAGCUAUUGCUCGACAACGUGUCUGAUCAUCUGACCACCGAUACUCCUAUUGAAUCAGAAGCUGGGUACCUGCAGCCAUGGGAAGGGCGUGUAUACUUGCUUGAUCAAUAG